CCAGUAUCAUAGCAAGAAACUCCCCCACCAAAACCCUCCAUCAAAUCGGAAACUAGGGGAAGUCUCAAUUGAUUCCCUGUCCCCUUUGCCGGGAAGAAAUUGGAACGGCAGCUACGGUACGGCACGUCACCUCCUCCUCUUCUUUCACUAAACUAGGCCCGGAGGAAGAGAACAAGAAAGAGGGGAAGAAGAAAAAAAACCCCUCCAAUAUCCACCGCUUCUCGUAUGUUCCUGGACCACCUAGAAGUCGACCGCAUCACAAGAAUGUCCCUCGUAAACCUCGGCCACUUCUGCUCGCACAUGCAGAACGCCUCACGCUCACGCCUCUCCAUAACCUCCAUCAUCCCGUCGAAGCUACACCUAGGUAUCGCAUUAGCGCUCCAAGACCAUGGCUUUAUAUCCUCCGUGACCCGGGGCGACACCGCGGGCCCGGACGCCGAGGAGACGCCGACGACGCAGGAGAACAUCGCAAGGAGGAGACUUUGGCUCUCGCUCAAGUAUCACGAUAACGAACCCGUGCUUUCGAGGAUGAAGCUUGUGAGCAAGCCAACCAAGAGGAUACAUAUGGGGGUUCUGGGGCUGCAGAAUCUGGCGGCGGGAAAGCAGCAUGAUUUCGUGCAGCCGCUUGAGGCCGGGGAGAUUAUGCUUUUGUCGACGGAUAAGGGGGUUAUUCUGGAGGCUCGGCAGGCCGUCGAGAGGAGGAUUGGGGGGCAGUUGUUGUGCCGGGUGCGGUGAAUUGUGGAUAUUGGAAUGGCGAUUUUUUUUUUUUUUUUUUUUUGUCUUUUUCGGCUGCGGGAUGCAUGGGAUUCACGGGGUUACAUACUUGAAAACGACCUUUUCGCAGGAAAGCAGGGGCGAAGGGGAGGGGAAACCCCCUUUUGUAUAUAAUGUCACGUUUUUCCGCUACCGGAUAGGAUCUGAACUGGUGAAAGGGAAGAGAGAGAUGGGAUCGUCCUGGAUAUCUUGAACCUCCACUGUCUGGCAUUCUCUGCAAAACACUACCCCCU